UUGAAUGUCAAAGAAACUCCAAGAUUUCAGGAUGAUAUCGACACAUUCACUGAAGAUAAAGUAAUCGUGAAGAGUGGUAAGAGCUUCGACUGUGAUGUCCUCAUAUUGUGCACUGGAUAUACCUUUGGUUUCCCUUAUCUAGACAAGACCAUCAUAAAUAUUGAGAAGGACCACGAAGUGCCUCUUUACAAAUUCGUCUUUCCUCCGAAAAAUCCGAAUAUCGCUGUGAUUGGAUCGAUCCAACCAAUUGGAAGUAUUGCUCCAAUUUCUGAAAUUCAGGCUCGUUGGGUAACCCAGGUAUUCGUUGGGAAUGCCAAGUUACCAUCAGAAAAAGAAAUGUGGAAGGAUAUCGAUCUGAAAAGGCGAGUCAUGAAAAAAAGGUAUUUCGCAAGCGAAAAACAUACAAUGCAGGUCGAUUUUGUGAAAUAUAUGGAUGAAAUUGCUAUAAUGGUAGGCUGCAAGCCAAACCUUUGGAAGGAUGAAUACUUCCGAUAUGCUAGUAUGAAAACGAUUGCUAUUUGGUCUACUGUGAUCUUCAUGGCCGGCCUGGUUACGUUCUGUUCCGGAAGUGCCGGCAUGUCUCCAUUAGCGUAUUGUUCUUAUCUUACCAUAUUUUUCUUCAUAUUUUCAUUCAUUUUAAUGUGGUUCGACUUUGAAUAUAACAUGACCACUAUUAUUUAA